AGCUCCAAAACUUCAUCAAAUUACUAAUAUGUCCCUACCCACUGAAGCGCAGCGUUUCACUCGUAGUAUAAGAAUCGCAGUAAAUUACAAAUAUGUCCCUUAUCAUUUGUGCCUAGUGGAGACAGAAGCAAGCAGAGCUAUGAGCUGCAGCAUUUCUUCACCCAUCAGCUCCCACCUCCGAUGGAUGCCUCCGUCGCCGAAAGCCACCGGGAAAUUUACAUGCCGCGUCAGUCCUAGAAUGUCCCUCAAUAAUAACAGCGACAGUAAUUUCAGCAGUGGCGGUGAUAAUCUCAUCAAAGCCAUCGGUAAGGUCCUCUGGGGUGCAUCCCUCCCGCCGGGGCUUCUCAUAUCCACCGUCCGAACGGGAUGGAACUCUGCGUGGCAGAUUAUGAUGUCCCAGCUCGCACCCUCUGAUUCUUCCGGUGGCUAUACUAGACCGCCCUCCAAGUUCCGCCUCUCCAGUCAAAAUCCGACCGCCACCAAUCUCCACCUCUACGUGGGUCUUCCCUGUCCCUGGGCUCACCGGACCCUCAUAGUCCGGGCCCUUAAGGGUCUCGAAGAAACCAUCCCUGUCUCCAUCGCAUUACCCGGCCAAGACGGUGCAUGGGAAUUCAAAGACGUUCAGGUCCAGGGCAAUGAUGUUCUCGUCCCAGGAAGGGAUAGAGUUAAUGGGUGUAGGAGACUGAAAGAGGUUUAUGGUCUGAGAAGGGGCGGGUAUAAUGGGCGUGCCACGGUGCCAAUGCUGUGGGAUGUGGAGAGGAAGGAGGUGGUAUGCAAUGAAAGUUAUGAUAUUAUUGAGUUCUUCAACUCUGGUCUGAACAGUUUUGCUCAGAAUCCAGGUUUGGAUCUCUCACCGGUGGAAUUGAAGGGGAAAAUUGAGGAGUGGAAUAGGUUGAUCUACCCCAAUGUGAAUAAUGGGGUUUAUAGGUGUGGAUUUGCUCAAAGUCAAGAGGCUUAUGAUGCAGCGGUGAAUGAUUUGUUCAGUAUAUUGGACAAAAUUGAGGAUCACUUGGGCAGUUCACGGUACUUAUGUGGAGAUGAGCUGACUCUUGCGGAUGUUUGCUUGUUUACCACAUUGAUUAGGUUCGACAUUGUGUAUAAUGUUAUGUUCAAAUGCAUGAAGAAGAAGAUAGUUGAAUAUCCAAAUCUACAUGGUUAUAUGAGGGAUAUUUAUCAGAUUCCAAAGGUGGCGAUGACUUGCAAUCUUGAAGCAACUAUGGAUGGUUACUUCCGAAUGCUUUUCCCAUUAAAUCCUGGCUGUAUACGGCCGGUCAUGCCCUCUGGCUGCGAGCACGAAGCACUCACGAGACCUCACAACAGGGGUUCAAUGGCAUCAGCAGAUAAAAGCUUGCCAGUAUUUGCUGCAUAAAUUAGCACCUAGAACUCAUUGCAGAUAAUAUGAACCAUAACCUGAAAUGUGUAUAUAUAUUUAUUAGCAUGUAAAAUUCCAAAUUUACCAGAAGUGAGAAUUUAGAAGGGGAAGAUCCGCAACUCAAGCAGUUUCUCGAAUGUUUAGUAUGUACUUCAUCUUUCCACCCACGUUAGGGUUAGGGUUGGGCUGGAAGUCCUGUUUAAUAGUUGAUUAUUACCAUUGGACGUGAUUAGCUAACCAAACCACUGGGGUGAUCAAUUUGAA